AUCUCGGAGGGUCCCGUAUCAGAGGUUCCACUGUACUCACCUAUGCACUCCUUAGUACACAAUUGUCCCUCCUGUACUUCUUACCUGACUUAUUAACCUCUCUCCUUUCUCUCAUAUGUAUGUGUGUGUCGCCUUUAUUCUUUUAUCUCAUCUCACCCUCAUCUCAGAUCGCGUAUUUCUCUUUCUACUUUCUCCGACCCUCAGCUCCCUCCCUCUCCCUCCCUCAUCCUCUCAGCUCCUCCCAAUUCACAUCUCACACGCACAGGAGGGUAAAGAGUCCCAGACUCAGCGUGAAGGAGUGUGCGAUAUUGGUCCGGAGACCAGGGUCUCUUGUCCAUCGCCCUCACCGGAGGACUGGUGGUGGCAGGAGUGAGGAGGCUCUGUUACACGGACUGCUGGUCCGAGUCCCUGGACUCUGGGGCUCCUGUCUCGUCGGACACCAGUGGACCAGUCUCACCUCACCUGCCCCGGGCUGGUGGCAGACAUCAGAUGCAUGAUCCAAUAGCAGAGUUGCUGGCAGCCCAUUUUCCCGCAGAGUCCCGCAAGACUCUGCCGUCAAUGGAGAGUGUUGCCAUGGACAUGGCCGGCCUCCGCAGGCUCGUGAGAGAGGGUGCUACCACGCAGCACUGGAGCUAACUGGGAGGUUCCUGUCGGCUCAUCGGUCAGGCCUGGCCAGCCCAGUCUCCACACACACAAGACCCUACAGAUGUGGGGAGCGAGACUGGCUCUCCUGGUGGUGAUGCAGCAGUUCAGGGAGGCCGAGGUCGAGAUGGAGGCAUUCGGCGAACUGGUGAACCCUGACCUCUUCUACCAGUACCACACCCACAACUACCCCGACAAGACCGGUAGCAUGGUGCCAUUCUCAAUGAGACUGCUCCACGCUCAGCUGCCAGGUCUGACUGGAAACCAUCAGCUCUCCCUGGACAGACUGUGCCAGCUACAGCACACCUGUCAGCAGGUGCUGUCAGAGGUGAGGAGAGGCUACCUACCUUUUGUAACUGAGCCUCUCACUCCAGAGGACCAACAAGUUGCAGAGACUCUGUGGCUGGAGAGACUCACCAGAGUAAAGUUCUGUCUGGCUAACACUCUGGUAGCCAUGCAGGACUACCUGUUUGCAGUAGAGGUGUAUGAGGGUCUGUUAGAGGAGCUGCCACGGCUGAGGAGCCAGCUGCUGUCCGUGAUGGGGCGACUUCACCUGACUCUGGGUGACCUGCCUUCUGCCCAGACCCUCUUCUCCCUCGCUGAGGACAGAGACGAGAAUGAGGAGGGGGAGGAGGAGAGGAUGGUCAGGACUCACAUCAACCAAGGACUGGUGAAUGUGUUUCUGUGUCACUGGCAGCUGGCAAAGGAUUCUUUCGAGAGUGCACUCCAAUUGGAGCCCACCAACACGACUCUGAAGAACAACAUUGCUGUGUGUACCUUCUACCAGGGAUACCUCAAGGAGUGUAUCAGAGAGUUGGAGGGAGUGGUGAGAUGGAGUCCUCCCUCCUCCCUCCAGCCUGCCCUCCUCACCAACCUCACGGCGACCUACGACCUCGAGUCUAGCUCCGCCCACUCCAAGAAACUCUCCUUCCUCCCUCUCUUGGGACAACAUGUGGGGGAGGGGUUUCCCCUCUCCUCUCUCGGUCUUAGAUGAGACUGGACAUGCAUUAAUGUGUGUGUUUGUUUGAGCAUGUGCAGAUCUUUCGCAUAAUGUUGAUUCUGUCAGACUCAUAGAAUAAGAACGCUCUUGUUCUUAGAUGAU